AUGAGUAGCCCAUGGAAGCUCGUGAGUCAGAGUCCAGACCUCGAGGUGACUGAAGAACGGUUUGCAGUUUUGUCACCGGGGGUCGCAAAGUGCGGCAGCCUGGAGCAGCCGCCCCCCGCGUGGUCUGCUGCGCGACGCCUGGCAGCCCGCCUCUGGGGCUCCGGACUGCCGCCGCCGCCAGCAGGUGGAGCGGAGGAGGGAGGGGGGUGCGCCGGCGCCCUGGCGCAGCUCCGCCGCCUGACGUGGAACGAAUCCCUGGAAGUCCUCGUGGACCUCGACUGCCGGAUCGCUGACGACUGUAUCGACUCCCGCUGUGUACCGAGGUUGAACAACAUGGAAUGGAACAUGACAACGCUGCGAACGGCUGAUCUGAGGCAUCAUAUCCUGUCCCAGUCAGUGCAUGCUGUUCGACGCAUCACAGGAGCCACGUUCGGCAGGGUGAGAUGUGAGAGGCGGCGUCAUGUUGAGUUUAAGUGGAGGAAUAAAACUGAACUGCAGGCCCAGGCGGCUGCUUUCCGGAAACGACUCUCCAGCUACAGGCGGGACUUGGCGCAGCUGCUCUCACUCGGUGCGACGCACACCUCGCAGCUGUUGGUUCCCCUCGCAUUCGAACGUAUGGGUAACCACACGAGUGAUCAGCAACUCCACGGUUGGAUUAAGGACAUGGAACGUGUGAAAGACAUGCUGCGCACGAAAUUAACCGGAUGGUUACAGGACUUGCAAUUCGCCAGCAAACAGGUGGAGCACUACGAGGUGGAAGAAGACAAGGACAGGCCAGGGCACGUGAUAAUCAGGCGGCCGCUGUUGAGUGAACGCCUGCUGCGCUAUCAUCCGUGGAGCCUCUCCUCUGACGACGACUUCAGUGCGCUGUGCAAGGAACGGCAGCCAGAGGCGUCGCAAAUGUUCAGUCUGGCUGAUGAACUGUACGCCUUCUUUCGUGUCUACUGGUACCAUGCAGCUCAGCACAUCGAUACAUUGUACGAAUAUGCUUUAAAGAUUGUAGGUAAGUUUAAUACUGGGACCCGGCCACUUCACGGUUAUGCGCUGAGAACUGUUCAGUUGUUCGAUGAAUGA